UUUUACAAUGAGGAGGUUUGCUCUAGGAUUUUGUUUGCUGGUCGGUUUAGUUGCAGCCCAAAAGAAAUCGGCAGCAGCCGAUUACGAAUGUCCCCUAAAUCCUAAGACUGGUCAGUACCGCGAUGGUCAGUACGAGCAUGCGACUCAGUGUGAUGCCUUUUACGAGUGCAUCGAUGGUUCUGCCAAGCUGAAGUACUGCCCGGACGGAUUGGUCUUCGAUUCCACGAUAAGGCUGGUCAACAAAUGCGAUCAACCUUUCAACGUUGACUGCGGCGAUAGGAUAGAAUUAC